AUUUACUUGUUAUCCGCUCUAUAACACAGUUACAGUGCUAUUGUACUGUAUAGUGCUCUAAACCGCAGCGUUCAGUUCAGUUUUACUGCGGAACCUCUGAAGAGGCAGUUCAGCCGGACUGUGGAGUAAAGGCGCUUCUCCGCGGACUGAGAGCUGCUGCUGCUGGGUUUCCUCGCGCCUGUCUGCAGCAGCUCGGCCGGACCUCGCGUGUGAGUUGAACACGGAGGGUGUUCUGAUCUUCCCGGCGCUCGUGCACUGCGUCGUCUCCCGCUGUGAGUGCUGGGGACUGCUGCGUUCUGACCGGGAGCACCGGGAACCGGGAGUCUGUUGUCAUGGCUACUGAGGACGCCAUCUCCGCGAGCUCUAUGUGAACCAAAUUAAAAUAUUCUCCUGAAAUUCAUCACCAACAACCAGGAUAUUUAACUAAGAGCAAUGUGAAACUGCUGAAAGAGGUGAAGCAAAAGCCGUCCAGAAGAAUCUCCAGAACACACAGAAACAGUUUGCUACAUUUAACAGACAAAUGAAGCCAAGUCCCAACAUGGAGAAACAUCAGCACUCUGUCAAGAGUUUUACUAAACAGAGUAAUCUCAAAAAACACCAGCGCAUUCACACAGGAGAGAAACUGUAUCACUGCUCAGACUGUGGGAAGAGUUUUAAUCAUCAGAGUAAUCUCAAAAUUCACCAGCACAUUCACACAGGAGAGAAACCAUAUUGCUGCUCAGACUGUGGAAAGAGUUUUAAUCAACAGAAUCAUCUCAAAAAUCACCAGCGCAUUCACACAGGAGAGAAACUGUAUCACUGCUCAGACUGUGGGAAGAGUUUUACUACACAGAGUAAUCUCAAAAAUCACCAGCGCAUUCACACAGGAGAGAAACCGUAUUACUGCUCAGACUGUGGGAAGAGUUUUACUGAACAGAGUAGUUUCAAAAAACACCAGCGCAUUCACACAGGAGAGAAACCGAAUUACUGCUCAGACUGUGGGAAGAGUUUUACUCUACAGAGUACUCUCCAAAUACACCAGCGCAUUCACACAGGAGAGAAACCGUAUUACUGCUCAGACUGUGGGAAGAGUUUUACUCAACAGAGUACUCUCCAAAUACACCAGCGCAUUCACACAGGAGAGAAACCGUAUCACUGCUCAGACUGUUGGAAGAGUUUUACUCAACAGAGUAAUCUUCGAAAACACCAGCGCAUUCACACAGGAGAGAAACCGUUUUAUUGCUCAGAUUGUGGGAAGAGUUUUACUCAACAGAGUAAACUCAAAAAACACCAGCGCAUUCACACAGGAGAGAAAACUCCAUCUUAGUUCAGUUUGAAGGCAAUUAAAAGUGCAAAUCGUAAGUCUUUUCCACUACCACUAGGCCCAUCUGCAUGAAAGAAGAAGUGAAAACACCAGCUGAGGAACUCCAGAGUGUGUUCCCAAAAGUGAGACCCAGAGCCACAGAGAGAGACGACACUGUUCCGGGUACUGCCGUGUGGACUGGAGGAGCAUCCAGACCCGCAGAGAGGCCAACAAAAUCCUUUCCAGAGGUUAAAUAAAACGCUCCAGCCGUAGUUCCCAUACUGAAAUCAACCUCCUCCAGGCUUGUGUAGUGCAGUGAGGUUGCAGGCUCAUUCAUUCCCUCUGAUGGUGUUCUCAUUUGUCUAUGGUUCGUUCUGAUUAAAAAUCUGUAACCAUAGAGGGAUAUAGAUGGAUAUUUGGUUGUUGUAUUACUCAAGUUUUAUGCUCUCUUAUCUUUUCCUUAUUUAAUAUUAUAUGUUGCUUAAGGUUUUUUGAUCUCCAAAAUUUACUAAGAAUAUCCAAAUCAUGUAGUUUCUUAAUUGUUUUUAUCCACUACAAACUAUUAUCUUUGUAUUGCUUCACCUCUAUAUUUACUCAUCUGUGUGUUUUAAUAAACGGCUUUUAGAUUGCAGAUCUGCAAUCUCAUUGUGUUUUCUCAACAUAUGUUGGACAUGAAACCUAUAGGCCUGAGAUUGUCUCAUGUUAUUAUUUGUUAAAUACUCAAAGGUGCCCAACAGAGAAAGCCAGUGUAAAAUGGAUUUGUGUUGAGUGUAACAAUAGUCAAUUUAAGAUUGAAAUUCAGAAAAAUAUAUUUUUUUAAUGGUUCAGGCUUAAAAGGGUUAAAUAUACAAUUACUUCCAAAGGUAGAGUAACAUGGGUUUAACUUGUAUUCAUAUGUUUAUAAAGUUCUUUAUUGUGA